AUGACAACGACUGAUAAUCCAGCAAUACACUUAUACUGUCCUGUUCACUUAGAGCGGAGCGAGAGAGCAAGAGUGGAGGAGAGGAAAGAAGUGAAGGAGGCGGGAGCCGUCUGGGCAGAGGGGAAGGAGACGAGAGGAGGAAGUGGGAGAUAUUUCACUAUGGAGGAAGGACAACGACCUACAUCUGAGAUCUACCUCCCAAGCAUCAGUCUUGGAUCUGUGGACGCUGAAACAGUGCAGGACCAUGAGCUGCCAAUUAUUUCUUUAUCCAAAAGCUCGACAGAAAUGGUGAGUGGACCUCCUCAACGAAGGGAGCUGGCAUGGUACAGUCAGAACUUGCGUAAGAGUGUAAGCAGUGCAGCAUGUACUCAAAGGCCUAUCAGUCUGGGUGGACCAUCGACGGGAGUCCCUGUGAACAUUUGUGACCAUGAACAGGGGAGCAUGUGCAGUGGCAACAGCACCCCUGAGACUGUAAUCUGGCAUGGAGGAACUGCAAGAUCCUGGAGCUUCAUGGAGGACUCACCCAGAAGGACUCUAACGCAAGAUCCACUCCUGGGGCAAAAUCAGGUCCAUAGUGGUGUGAAGUGUGUGCCACACGCACCAUCCACAAAUAAGGAUUUAAGGAUGAAGGGUCUGGUGUGCAGAGAGGGAUGUUGUCGAUGUUGCGGACCUGCAGAGAACCUGACAGGAUGCAGCUGUUGCAGAGUGCCUUGUAGAAUGAGUUCUUCGCGUCUUAGCAACAACUUCACACCACAGGGAGCAAAUACAGAAGACCAUGCUCAGAGCAACUGCGAAAGCCAUCAUUUAACUGCAUGCCAUAGAUCUACCUUUUCUGGACACAUGAUAAGCACUGCCUGUUUGAGGAAUACUUGCAGUGUUGUUCCAUGCCCUGGACAUUUGAUAUCACGGCCACCUUGUGCAGGAAGCCCUUGUGCAGGACAAAGAUCACUGCUCCAUUCAGGCUUGCUCGGUUUUCCACCACUUGUGUCCUCAGUCAGCGAGACCAGACUUGACAGCCGGAGUACAGGCCAUUGCUGUGGAUCCGAGUUAAGAGGGCAGAAUUCUUCCUGCCUUAGACUAGACAGAACAGGCCAGACUGGCUUUAACAGGGCAGUCAAAGAUGCCACUACUAUGACAUCUGACCAUGAGCUCAGAGAUGUUGGUGUGCAGACUGUGUCUGAUCCCCUUGCUUCCCCUCUUUCUCACGUAUUACCUGAAAUUAGUUUGAGAGUGGAUCCUACCUUGGACGCACCUUUGACCAUGGAACACAUGUGUUACAGGACCCCUGUGAAGGAGGUGGAAUGGGAUGCUGAGGGUAUGACCUGGGAGGUGUAUGGUGCAGCUGUGGACCCUGAAGAGCUUGGCCUAGCAAUCCAAAGGCAUCUGGAAGUUCAGAUCAAAGAGACUGCAGCUGCUGCAGCUGCAGCUGCGGCUGCUCAAAUGGAAGACUCCACGGACAAUGUCAGCAGCCUGGCACUGCAGCCCAGGCAACGGAAGAAGAGCGAAGGCAUUAUAAGAACACUGCGCAGUUCAGCGUGUUGCUCUAACCCCAGUACUGUGGGAGACUGA